AAGACAAGAUCAUGAAAAAUACGUUAUAAGGGACUCCAAAUAUAUUUUUUUAAGUUACUAAAAUCUUAAGAUAAUCAUUCUAAUGGCGUUAGAGAAUCAUAAGCGUAGAACUUGCCAAUUAAGUUAUUCACAGACAACCAGUUUGAAAGUGACUACAUACAAAACAGCUUUAAAUAUGAGAAUCUUUCUUUGGCUUGGCCUUGUUUUAACAACAGUUCAAGGAUUUAAAAAUCCAGCAGUGAUUCAAGUUACUGAACCAGCACAUCAUGCUGAAGGCCCUGUGUGGGAUGCCAGGGUUGGAAAGCUGUAUUUCGUGGAUUUGCACCAAGGAAAAAUUCUGGCAUAUGAUUACGCGAAUGACUCUACAGAAGUAGCUGCUGAAUUUCCAGGAAAUGAUCUAGUUCCAAUAAUUUUAACCAAAAAGGACCCUAAUGUUGUGAUAGUGGGCUUAAACAGAACGGUUGCUAGAGUGAAACUUUACAAUAAAGAUUCUAAACCAGAACCAUUUCAUACAGUUCAAGAAGAACACCCCAAGAAUAGGUUUAAUGAUGGCAAAGCUGAUGUUAAGGGUAGAUUAUGGUUUGGUACAAUGGGCUAUGAAACACUUGAUGGGAAGGUCGAUUUGAACGUAGGAGCCUUAUUCAAGUUCAACCCUGCUGAUUUAACAAAACCUACAGUCGAAAUAACCGAAAUCAGUAUAGGAAAUGGACUAGCCUGGAACGGAGACAACACCAAAUUUUAUUACAUUGACAGCGUGACCUACGAGGUAGUCCAGUACGACUUUAAUGCUGACAAUGGUACUAUCAGCAAUAGGAAAGUUGUUUUCAGUACCAAAGACAAAGGAAUGGGAGUACCAGAUGGUAUGACUGUUGACAUUGACGACAACUUAUGGGUAGCUCUAUACGGAGGAGGAUCAGUUAUACAAGUCAACCCAAAAACAGGAGAUCUACUAAGAAGAAUACCUCUUUCAGCACAAUACACCACGUCAGCUAUUUGGGGUGGCCCAAAUUUGGAUAUUUUAUUUGUCACCACUUCGAGAAGAUCUCUAACGUCUGACGAAAAAGAUAAACAACCUGCUGCUGGAAGUUUGUUUGCUAUCACGAAUUUGGGUACCAAAGGAAGGCUUGAAUACAUGACAGACUUGUAGAUUUUUCUAUUUUUUUAAAUUUUUAUUUGAAGUUUAAUUUUAGUUUAAUAUAAUUCUUUAUAAGGCA